AUGAUACUUUCAGAUAAGAGAGAAUGUACUACACAGUUUGCAGGUCAAAACAUCAGUGAUGUCCCGAGUUCUCACUUCAGUGGUGUGAAUCCUCAUCAACAACCACCACCCGAUUCAAGCAUUCGGGCAUCUUUCGGGACUUAUUGCCCUUUUUGCAACAUAAAAUACGAGUAUGACAGAGAGUUUGUAAACAGACCUUUGCGGUGUCAGCAUUGCUCGAAGCUCUUCAUUGCCUAUGACAUAACUGCACAAGGGGCAGCACCGGAAGUUCCCGGAUCCCGUGCUGACGUGUACAAGGAAGCUGCUGGAAGCAUGCCAAAUGGCAACCAUGUGAAUCUUGAUGAUGAUAGUAAGUUUGUAAACUGCCUGGAUUUAGAAUUCAGUAAUUUUGACAAAGAUAAAGAAGAAGAUCGUUUUGCAGUUGACCAAAUCUGGGCAUGUUAUGAUUCUGUUGAUGGGAUGCCAAGAUUCUAUGCAAAAAUUAGGAAAGUUUUUACACGCAAUUUUAAGUUGAAGAUCACUUGGUUAGAGGCUGACCCAAAUGAUGAAUCUGAAAUAAAAUGGGCAGAAGAAGGGUUACCCGUUGGAUGUGGGAAAUUUGUGGGUGGUAAAUCAGAGGAAACAAAAGAUCGUCUCAUGUACUCUCAUCAGAUAGUUUAUAAAAACGGUUUGAAGAGAAAUUCUUUUGUUAUUUAUCCCCAAAAAGGUGAAAUAUGGGCGUUAUUCAAGGACUGGGACAUCAAAUGGGGUUCAGACCCAGAAAACCAUACUAAAUUCAAAUUUGAUAUUGUGGAAAUUCUUGAUGUGCAUGUUAAUGGCAGUGUAUCUGUUGCUUUAUUGGUCAAAGUCAAAGGGUUUGUAAGUCUGUUUAAAAAAACAGCUUGGGGAGGACUAAAUGACAGAAAAAUCCCUGGAAAUGAACAUUUAAGAUUCUCCCAUCGAAUCCCAUCAACAAAACUGACUGGAGCAGAAAGAGCUGGAGUGCCACCUGGAUCUUUUGAGCUUGAUACGGCUUCUUUACCAGAUGAUCUUGAAGACUAUUAUUAUUCCAUCAAUCCUGCAGUGCUUAAAGGAUUGCCCUUUGAAUGGGUCUAA